AUGGGGAUUUUUCGAUCAGAGGAUAUGUCUCUUUAUGAGAUCUCGGUUCCUAAGGAUAAUGCUUGGGAAAUUAUGAACACACUUGGAAAUUUAAACGCACUUCAUUUCGUAGACCUCAACUCGACUGAGCAGCCAUUUGCUCUGACUUAUGCCAACUGGGUCAAGAGAUGUGAUGAUACCCUCAGAAGAAUCCAGAGCAUCAAGGCUGAGUGCAAGAGACUCAAUGUUCCACUCAGAAAGCCCAAGGACUCCAAGACUUUUUUGAGCAACCUGGACGCCAUUUACAGAAGCAGGAAGAGGUCCAACAGCUUAUAUUUCGAAGAAAUCGAAGACAAAAUCACGACCAAAGAAAACUUUAUUGCCCAGCAGAUCGACUUGUUGAAGAGGAUGCACGACGACCUGAACCAACUCAUCCAGUACAAGACCGUGCUCAGCAAGUCUGCAAGCGUGAUCGGAGGAAGCAGGCUCGGAGGCGACCAGUCUUUAAGCGUAAGCAUGUCUUCCAACGGUGAAGGCGAUGUUCAUGAAUCCCUAGUCAACAUUGGAGAAAUCAGUAUUGGCCACAUUGCAGGCACCAUUCUCAAGGAAGAGCAGGACCGCUUCAACAGACUCAUUUUCAGAGCCACCAGAGGCAACGCCAUUGUCUGCUUCAAAGAGUUCACGAAGCCAAUUGUCAACUACUUCGGAGUCGAGCAAAUGAAGACGGUCUACGUAAUAGUGUUCCAAGAAGGAGAAUCAAUUAGAGAAAGGAUCUGCAAGAUCUGUGAUUCAUUCCUUGGUGACAGAUACGAAAUCCCUGAGUCUGGCUUCACCGACAAACUCCAUGACUUAGAAACAAAGAUCAGAGAUGCCAGGAAAAUCUUGGCCAACACCAGAGAGGAAACCAGAAAAUUCUUGGUUAUGACCAACGAAAUGGAGAACGAAGACUCUUCAGCAGUUAUCGUUUACGAGUGGUUCAUUAUCAAAGAGCGAAGCAUCUUCAUCACACUGAACAAGCUCAAGACCGGAGACAGACUGUUCUUCGGUCUGUACUGGAUACCCAACACUAAACUCAGAAUCGUCAACGACGAGAUCUACAAGAUGAAGGAGAACAGGAACAUGCAUGCACCUCAGAUUGUUAGGAGAGAAAUUCACGAGUUGGAGCCGCCGACGUACUUUUACCUGAACGACUUUACAGAGCCAUUCCAGGAAAUCACUGACACAUAUGGGGUCCCAUCGUACAAAGAAGUGAACUCAGGCAUGUUCAACCUCGUCACGUUUCCCUUCCUCUACGGAGUCAUGUUCGGAGACAUCGGCCACGGAGGCCUCUUGCUCAUGCUCGGUGCUGCUUUGGUGAUGUUCCCUGCCACUUUCUCAAACAUCGGUCUUGGAGUCAUGGUCAGAGUGAGGUACUUGCUGUUCUUGUUAGGGUUCUUUUCGUUCUUUAUCGGGUGGUGUUACAACGACUUCAUGUCGAUCCCAGUGGACUUGCCUCACGGGUCAUGAUAUCAGAAUGUUACAAACGAGCACGGCCAAGUCGAAGCAUUUGAGCUCAAAGAUGACUGUGUAUACCCAAUUGGAUUCGACCCAAAAUGGUAUCUGGGUACCAAUACACUGACGUUCUUCAACUCGAUGAAAAUGAAGUUGUCAGUGAUUCUUGGAGUAGCCCAAAUGUCCCUGGGGAUCCUGAUGAAGGGCUUCAACUCAAUCCAUUUUGGCAGGCCCAUCGAGUUUGUGUUCGAAUUCAUUCCGCAGAUCAUUCUGAUAUCGGCUCUGUUCGGCUACAUGGACUAUCUCAUAAUCAUGAAAUGGCUGACUGACUGGACCGGAAACACUGCCAGAGCUCCGGGAAUCAUUUCAACCAUGAUUGGAAUGUUCCUGAAGUUCGGAGAAAUUCCUGAGGGAACAGACGCAUUAGUGAUCAGUGCAGAGUACCAGCAGUGGCUCAGCACCACACUUCUGCUGGUCGCACUGACGUGUGUUCCUGCAAUGCUGCUAGUGAAGCCCCUGUGGCACUUGUACACUCACCCAAAUGAAGGAGCCCACAGUGAGCAUGGAGACCAAGCUCUGCUUGAAGGAAAUGACAACAACGCCAUUGAAAUGUCAGAUAUUCAGCAUCAGCGCAAAGACAAUGCUGAAGAGCGCGAGCUGCUCAUCAACAAAGAUGCCGAUCCUGCACAAGCUGCAGCUCCGAAAGGUCGAGCUGCUCGGGCUCACAAGGGCGAUGUGUUUGAGUCAAGCCAAGUCGACCUGCUACAGUUCGUGGAAAGCGGCUCUCACGAAAGCCACGAGUUCUCAGAAAUAUUUAUUCAUCAGCUCAUCGAGACUAUAGAGUUUGUGUUAGGAACAGUGUCCAACACGGCUUCUUACUUGAGACUGUGGGCUCUGUCGCUUGCACACAGUCAGCUAGCAGAAGUGUUCUACGAGAAACUGCUCGGAGGCAUUGCAUUCGAAGCAAAUGGAGGAAGAGGCAGCGGAUUCUUGCUGUUCCUGCUAUUUCCUGCGUUCUUCUCGUUCACAUUCUUUGUCCUAAUGUGUAUGGACUCGAUGGAAUGCUUCCUUCACUGCUUAAGACUGCACUGGGUAGAGUUCCAGAACAAGUUCUACAAAGGAAACGGGUACAGGUUUGCUCCAUUUUCGUACGAGAAGACCAUCACUACGUACCAUGAAGCUCAAGAAUAA